AUGCGAUGUGAUAAUUCGUACCAGGUGCGAGAGCAUUCCCUUAUCAAGCCGUACAACGAUGACAGAUGGGACUUUACAGGUAGUACAAUCAUAUCAAGCACAGCUGUCAGAUUAACAUCUGAUUACCAAGGUCAACGAGGAGCCAUAUGGAACAACAUUCCAUGUAGACUGCGCAAUUGGGAAAUGCAUGUUCAUUUUAAAGUAGAUGGUAAAGGCUCAGAGCUGUUUGGGGAUGGAUUUGCUAUAUGGUAUACCAAGGAAAAAAUGGAAAUGGGUCCAGUAUUUGGAAAUCGUGAUAAAUUUACCGGUUUGGCAAUUUUUUUUGACACUUAUGCAAAUCAAAACGGAGCUCAUAAUCAUGGACACCCUUACGUAUCGGCAAUGAUAAACAAUGGCACGCUCUCGUACGAUCAUGAUAGAGAUGGCACACACACCGAACUCAGUGGCUGUGAAUCAAACUUCAGAAAAUCAAGAUUUGAAACAUUUGCAGCCAUCAGAUAUGAGAAGAACAAAUUGACAGUUUCAUUGGAUAUAAGUGGUCGCAACGAAUGGAAGUUGUGCUUCACAACAAGCAAUGUACAUCUACCUACUGAAUACUUCUUUGGAGCCACUGCUGCUACUGGUGAUCUGUCAGAUAACCAUGAGAUUAUGUCAAUCAAGGUGUUUGAUAUUUCUGAGGGAAAGGUAGUGACUGAAGAUGAUGCUGAUUACAGCAAUGUCGUACCCAAUGCUGAAUAUUUCGCCCCUCCUAGAGAUCACGUGGAUGACCCGAAACUAUCAACUUUAUCUCGAUUGACUGGUUGGAAACUUGUUGGUGUCUUUGUUCUUGCUGCUGUUGGGAUCAUUGUUUGUUUAAUGAUCGGUUAUAUAUUGUUCAAUAAAACCCAGCAGACAUCCAGAAAAAGAUUAUAUUAA